UGUGUGGUCGUGUCUCUUUAAGAAGUCAUGUCGGCCGACGGAAUGGUAAGAUGAUCCUUGCUGUAUGAUUCUUUAAGGGGCGGCGGAGAAGAAGAAAAAUAUUCCUGAAAAGGGGAAGAAGCAGAGGAAUGACCGGGGUUUAAGAGCAAUAUUUGGUUUGCUCACAUUGUUACUUGCAUUUGGGUGGUUCGGAUUACUUUUGGAAAAGAAGCUGGAGACCUCUGAUGAGAAGAAAAAAAUGAAUCGCGUCGGGAAGAAACAAGAUGACACCUUAAUAGAAAUGGCAUUAACUGACGCCGAAGGCUAUGGCGAUGAUGUAGCUGUGCUUACAGGCUUCAAAAUACGCAGAGAAGGUGUAAUUGUUACACACAUAGGAGAGGAAAGUAAUGGACCUACCUGUGAACUUGGAGAACUUAUUUCCAAUCAGGAAUCUGACCUGCCAAGCAAUUCUGAGGGGUUAAGCAGCUCGGAAAGCACUGCUCUCAUCUCCACAUCACUGAGGAUUGACAGGCACCACCAAAGCAAGGAUUCCAUUUUCUUCAGAGAUGGAAUGCGAAGGAUAGACUUUGUUCUUUCAUAUGUUGAUGAUCCAAGUAAAGAAGGGGAAAAAAAAGUGGAACGAAGGAAGGAGUUUGAAAUUAAUCUAAUGAAAUCUGGCCUUGAUGUAGAAAUUGAGGACAAAAAGGAAUCAGAAGAUGGCAAAACAUAUUUUGUUAAACUCCAUGCAUCAUGGGAUGUGUUGUGUACGUAUGCUGAAGUAUUAAAAAUCAAGUUACCUAUCAAGAAAAAUGACAUUCCUCCUUCUCGAGAAAAUCCCCUGGACUAUUUAUUUAAACCAUUUAGAUUGCCAAAAGAUGUGAUGAAUCCAGAACCAGAUUACUUCACUGCACCUUUUAAUAAACAGAGACAGGAGCUGUUUCAUAUUGAAGACAAGGACACAUUCUUCACACCUUCUGUACGAAAUAGGAUUGUUUACUAUAUGUUGUCCCGCUGUCUAUAUGGCCAUGAAGAAGAAACGGGGAAAAGAAAGUUUGGAAUUAAGAGGCUUCUGAACAACAACACGUACACAGCUGCAUACCCUCUCCAUGAUUGUCAGUACUGGAAGAAGUCCCCAGACAAAAAAUGUGAAAAUGAGAGAUAUACAUUGUAUAUGGAAUGGGCCAGAUUUAUUCGAUUUUACAAGGAGCAACCACUCGACCUCAUCAGGAAAUACUAUGGUGAAAAAAUUGGCAUCUAUUUUGCUUGGCUGGGUUUCUACACAGAGAUGUUAUUCUUUGCAGCAGUUGUUGGUUUUCUGUGCUUUCUCUACGGUUGCUUCACAAAUGAUGAUAAUACAUGGAGUGAUGAAGUCUGUAAUGUGGACAUCGGAGGAAAGAUCAUUAUGUGCCCACUUUGUGACCAGGAGUGUACUUACUGGACUUUAAAUACAACAUGUGAAUCAUCUAAGAAUUCCCAUUUGUUCGACAAUGUGGCAACUUUGUUCUUUGCUAUUUUUAUGGGCAUAUGGGUGACCCUCUUUCUGGAAUUUUGGAAGCGCCGACAAGCCAAGCUGGAGUACGAAUGGGAUUUGGUGGACUUUGAAGAAGAGCAACAACAGCUUCAGUUGCGACCUGAGUAUGAGGCAAAAUGUAGGAAUCGCAAGCUGAAUCCAGUCACUCAGGAGAUGGAACCCUAUUUGCCACUAAGCAGCCAGUUUGCACGGUUUCUUUUGUCUGGGACUACAGUCCUAUUUUGGAUUGCACUUAUCAUCGCUAGUAUCAUAGCAGUGAUUGUUUACCGGCUGUCCGUCUACGCUGCUUUUGCCAGUUUAAUGAAGGAUGCUCAAGGUAUCAAGUACAUUGGUGCGUUCUUCACGCCGCAGAUGGCAACGUCUGUGACAGCGUCAUGUUUGAACUUUGCCAUCAUCAUGAUUCUUAAUUACCUGUAUGAGAAGGUAGCAAUCUGGAUCACCGAUAUGGAAAUUCCAAGAACUCACCUGGAGUAUGAGAACAGACUCACUACAAAAAUGUUUCUCUUUCAAUUUGUCAACUACUACUCCUCCUGUUUCUAUGUGGCCUUCUUCAAGGGGAAGUUUGUUGGUCAUCCUCCAAAGUAUACUUACAUGUUUGGACACUGGAGAAAUGAAGAGUGUGACCCUGGUGGCUGCCUCAUUGAACUUACCACCCAGCUUACAAUUGUUAUGGCUGGCAAGCAGAUCUGGGGCAACAUUCAAGAAGCCCUUGUACCCUGGCUGUUAAAUUGGUGGGGACGACGUAAAGCAAAGAGUAGCCCGGAGAAUUUAUAUUGCCGUUGGGAACAAGACAGUGAUCUCCAGUGCUUUGGAACCCUUGGACUGUUUUAUGAAUAUCUGGAAAUGGUUGUACAAUUUGGGUUCAUUACACUGUUCGUGGCAUCUUUCCCACUGGCUCCUCUUCUGGCUUUGUUGAACAAUAUUCUCGAGAUUCGAGUAGAUGCCUGGAAAUUUACCACCCAGUUUAGACGACCAGUAGCAGCAAAGGCCCACAGCAUUGGAGCCUGGCAGGAAAUUUUAAAUGCAAUGGCCAUUUUAUCUGUGGUAACCAAUGCCUUUAUUGUAGCGUUCACGUCUGACAUGAUCCCUCGCUUAGUUUACUACUAUGCCUAUUCUGAAGAUGGUUUAUCCAUGGAGGGAUACAUCAAUAACAGCCUGUCUGUAUUUAACAUCUCUGACUAUGAUGAUAAAAACAAACCAUUUCCAAACAAAAAUCCGGACUGGUUCAACGAGACAGUAUAUACUACCUGCAGAUACAGAGACUAUCGCUAUCCACCAGAACACGAGAAGAGGUACUCGCACACGAUGCAGUUCUGGCAUAUUCUUGCUGCCAAGCUGGCUUUCAUCAUCAUCAUGGAGCAUGUCGUGUUUGUGGUCAAAUUCUUUGUGGCCUGGAUGAUUCCAGAUGUUCCAUCAGAGGUGAAAGCCAGAGUGAAGCGUGAGAAGUACUUGACUCAAAAGAUCCUACAUGAAUAUGAAAUUCAUAAGUUGAAGGAACAGUACGAGAAGCCAGCAUAUUCAUCGUUUAGAACAGAACUGGGAAGUACAGAGAGGGGAGUAGAAAUCUUAUCAGACAUGCUGUAAAAAUGCCUACCACCAACAACCUGUCGCAACAAAUGAAACCUCACAAGCAACAUUACAUCAUUGCAACCUUAUCUGUUUAAAACCAUAUUACAUGACAUGUUAAUUUGCUUUCACUUGCAUUUGGGAUAUAUUUGCCAUUUUAGUGAAGAAAGUGUCUCCCAUGUUUAAAAUGCUCGGAUCUUAAAAACUUUUAUACAUUGACAUUUGUCACUGGGCACUUACCUCCUUUCUUCACAACUUUUUUCAAGACUGCUAUUGAGAAAGUGUUUUCAAAAAAUAUUGAUUGGAGGAAGAAUGCUAAAAUUAAUAAUUUAGAUAAGAGCAUUUUAAUGUCUGGUUCUGAAAACAAAAGAUUUUCAUUCCUGACUUUAUCUUAAUUAGAAAAAAAACUUUUUUUUUUUUUAUAAUGAAUUGAAGCAUCUUAUAGAUAUUUUAGUCGUCAUUUUGUUUUUAAGUAUUUUGUGUUUUAAAUUAGUAGUACAAUACUAAGACUGAAAAUAAUUCGGACCAGUGAAGGACAGUAAAGCUAACUUGGGAGGGGUUAUGCAAAACUGAAUAUCUUAUUUAGUUUAUACUGUACUGAAAAAGAGCCAUGAGUUGCCUGUUUGUUCUGCUGUUUACUUUACAGGUGGAAACCUCUGUGUGCUUUUUUAACAAGCUUGUUGUAGAUAAAGCAGUUUUUGUAGAACCCUC